UUCUUUCCACUCUCCUUCAGUUCCGUGAUUGCACCAGAGGUCUCGCCCAGCUGUGCAGAGAUGGACAAGAGUCGCGCGGAGCCUUCCCAGCGAUUUCCCGAAAUCAUUGAGCUCAAUGUCGGGGGGCAAGUUUACGUUACGCGCCACUCAACUUUACUCUCCGUGCCCAAUUCUUUACUUUGGACUAUGUUCAGUCAGAAAAAACCCGCGGAACUUACCACCGACAGCAAAGGACGCUACUUUUUGGACAGGGACGGCUUUCUGUUCAGAUAUAUUUUGGAUUACUUGCGGGACCAGACUCUGGUUUUGCCCGAUUACUUCAAAGAGAAGGCAAGCCUUCUUAAAGAGGCAGAAUAUUUCCAACUUCAAGAGCUGGCAAAGCGCCUGAGACCGGCGGUCAGUAAGGAGAACUCCAUCAGCGAGGAGGUGUGCCAGAGCGACCCCGAGGAGGCUGCGCUCGCCAGCACCAGCAUCACCAGCACCGGCCCUCGCUCUCCGUCUCUGGACGCGAAGAAAACCGGCUACAUAACCAUCGGGUACAGGGGCUCCUAUACCAUAGGGCGAGACAUCCAACAGGACGCCAAAUUUCGACGGGUGGCGAGAAUCACCGUGUGCGGAAAAACAUCCCUCGCCAAAGAAGUUUUCGGGGAGACUCUGAACGAGAGCAGAGACCCCGACAGACCCCCAGAGAGAUACACUUCUCGGUAUUACCUCAAGUAUAAUUUCCUGGAGCAAGCCUUUGACAGGCUGGCGGAGGUGGGCUUCCACAUGGUUGCGUGCAGCUCCACGGGCACCUGCGCGUACGCGAGUAACGACCCCAACGAGGACAAAAUCUGGACGAGUUACACCGAGUACGUUUUUUGCAGGGAGUGAAGUGGACUCACUUUUGGGAACUGGUAUUCAAACACAUUUCUCGGACACUCACCUUUCCAUUCGUUACGCGCCACGACUGUGUAGUUUUGUUUUGUUUUGUUUUUUUCCCACAGUGUCAACAUGUAAAGACUGUAAGUCGCUGAGCAGAUGUUUUGUGUGUAAUAAUUUAAAAAUAGCAUAUCUCCAAAAUCUGUCGUCUGUUCUCAGAAUUCAAACAACCACUGAUAGCAGUUUUCAGUAUUUAAAUACCAUAGGUUUGGACUGUGGAGGACGCGCAAAAUACUCUCAAUGAUACUACUUUUUGAAAUCAAAUGAACCUUUAUAGGCUACCACUUUUUUUUUUUUCAUAUUAAAAUUUUUUUCUGAGAGUACAUCCAGAAGCUCAACAGACACAACAGAGACAAAAAUAAAAUGCCAUCCCAGUAGUAAAAUAGCAAGCUGUUCCAUAAUGAGUAAAUAUAUACUACUCUCCCAUCUGCUUUUCACUGAACAUUGACAUUUCUGAGAUGAUAAUUUGUUUGCACUCCUAUGUAUCUUUUUUUUUAUUAUUAUUCUUCUGUCAACUUUACACACAUAAUAAAAAAAAUCAUGAAAGACA